CGACCACCACCGAGAAUGGCGCGAGAGCUGCCGCUGCUCGACUCACAAGCGCCCACGUUCUCCGCUAUCAACUACCUACACGUCGGCCAUGUACAACUGCGGGACAUUGUCUGUUGCCCGAACGAGCGGGGAGUCGUCAACUACCUCGCCAACCGCGUCAUAGUCGAGCAUAACAUCACGCGCCCUGACUUGCCACCGCGCAACAUCACCAGUCUCAGCUUCCGUGCUAACUGCCUGUCAUCCUUGCGACUACCGGACUCGGACUCUACCAUCUUCGCCGCCGGGGGUCAAAAGUCCGAAUUGCACCUGUCUAUCCACACUUCUGGCCACGAAACGUCGCGCUUCGAGACGAACCUGGGGUGUUCAAUUAACAAUUCAGUACUUCUCACUACCCUCAACCUUACCGGAUCUCCCGAGGGCGCUGUAGAACCACGGAUCGUCAUCAGCAACAAUAAUCAGACCGUCAAGCUAUAUGAUGUCGCUGUGCGGGUGUUGAACGGCACCCCCAUCUCACCCUGUGGCCAACUACAUCUUCCCUACUUUGUCAAUCAUUCGUCAAUAUCGCCCGAUGGUCGGACACUCCUUACCAUUGGCGACUCAAAUGAGGUCAACCUACACCGAAUGUCCGGCGGCUCACGCGUCACAUUCUCGCCUAUUUCAACCCUUACCAUCCCCCCCUCUCUCGAUCUUCCUUCGAAAUAUCGCCCAAAUGCGUUAACCGCCUCAUUCUCGAGUGCGUUUUCCGCAGACGGAUCCAAGUUUGUGGUGGCGUCACAAGAAGGCGUUGUGGCCGUCUGGGAUGUACGAAGUACCCGUCCGCUGAAGGUUUUCCACACGGAUAAGACGCGAGUUCCGAAGGGCACUCAUAGGGGCGAAUUCAAUGAACGCCUAUCAGAUGACCCCCUUGAAUGGACCUUCGACCGGUCGAAGGCCCCCGGCUGGAGCGCACGUUGCGUCAAGUUUGGUGGCGGUGGGAACGAAAUCAUGGCCUUCACUGAGCACCGCGACCUCGUCCAUGUCGUCGAUGCGCGAACGUUCGAAACAGAAGAGAUCAUCAGGGUUCCCUCUUAUCCGUCACUUGCCUCUCCGAAGGCGCGAAUGGAUUUGUACUCUCGCAGAAGCACCCCGGGAAGCUCGCAAUCACAUACGCCACCGUACACCCAUGAUUCCUCAUUGCGCUCUCCUCAGACAUCCCCUGGACCUCACCGCCUCUCCUUUACCUCUUCGCCAUACCCAAGUCCUCCCGGUCCCUCCUUCGUCACGCGUACUCGCCGACCAAACGUUCGCUCGACGCCUGUGCCCCGAGUUCGCCAAGCCCUACAGGAUGGCUUCCGCGUGGCUCUCUCGCCUGACAACCCUACCCCCUUUUCGCCUCCUCGCUCGCCUCGCUCUCCUCGUUCCGCGGUGCGCAGCAUACGACAAGCCCUACGAGCCUGGGAUAGCGAACGUGAUGACGUGGUCAUCAUCCCCACGCUGGGAGACAGCGAAAUCGACAACCCUGUGCGCAAUUUCCUGCGGUAUAGCACGCAGGACCGCGCGGACGAGUUCGAGCACUACAUGCAAGUUGACGAGGAAGAUUGCGCGUCUAGCGACGAUGGCAAUGAACCCCCUGCAAGCGGCGAACGGGCGGCCGAUGAGUACGACUCGCGAGACUCGUAUCAUGACCGUUCGCACGUCGUGUAUGCACCUGUCACGUACGGCGAAGAGGGCCACGUCUAUGACGAGAACUUGACUCUUCUGGACGAGCACUCGGAUUUGACGCUCAUGGGGGAGGAAAUCGAGGACGACGACGACAAUGUCGAUAUUACUGGGAUAUGCUUCGACCCCAGUGGCAAGCACAUGUAUGUCGCGUCGAUGCACGGGGUCGGCGAGUGGUCCGUACGGGGCGCGGACAAGCACUGGUGGGGUGAUGGCGCUUUCACAUAACAACUUGUUCUCGAUACGGACUGUCCCAGUCGCUGUCGUGAUAUCCUGUUGUAUUUAUCCAUAAGGGUUGUCUGUCUUCUCUUUCUCAUCCUCUUGUACUGCUAUCGAAUCGGGACACUGUAUCGCAUCGCAUCUAUCACUACUGUAUGGUUCCAGCACUCACGACAUCGGUGUAUAUAUCACAUCUUCCCUUCUCGAUAUCGUAUGUGGAUCCUCUGCAAGUUCG